AUGGGUCUACUUGCUCUUGGAACUCCUCUCGAAUGGCCCGAGGCCAAGAAGAAGGCGCAUCAGGUUCGCGAGUGGGGAAUUGAGCAAUUACUGGCGAAUUGGCGUCGAGCGCGAGGCAAAGAACGAGACGUCCUCCUGUGGGGCGACGAGGUCGAAUAUCUUGUGGUGUCUCUCGAUGAUGCAGCCAAGAAGGCUCGGUUAUCUUUGGCUCAGGCUGAGAUCUUGAAGUCUCUCGCCCGCGAUGAGGCUCUAUGGCAGGCCGGCUCAUCUGAGAAGGAUCACACUGGGGAACACGCUGGUGAAGAUCCCCCGCAUUUCCACCCUGAGUUUGGCCGGUUUAUGCUCGAGGCCACCCCAGGAAGCCCGUGGGGCAUUGGGUUUAAAGAUCUGUUAAAGGUGGAAUCUAAUAUGAAAUGGCGACGAGAGGUCGCCAAGGCGCACAUGGCACCUAAUGAGUCGCCUAUAACUCUUACUACAUUCCCUCGGCUGGGAACGAAGGAUGACUAUAUUCAGCCCUAUUAUCCACCAUCAGGCCCAGCUCUUCGUUCGCAAUUUGUUCCCGAUGAGAUUGCCAACCCUCACAUUCGAUUCCCGACAUUGGCCGCCAAUAUUCGUUCCCGACGAGGACGCAAGGUUGAAUUAAAUGUGCCUAUUUUCAAGGAUCUGAACACACCCUCGCCUUUUAAGGAUCCCACCGUCAACUACGAUCUGCAUCUUUGGCCGGAAGAUGACGAUGUCCGCAACGGUGCUGCUAAAGACGACCACGUCUACAUGGAUGCCAUGGCUUUUGGCAUGGGUAGCUGCUGCUUGCAGAUUACCUUCCAGGCCAAAAAUAUGACUGAAGGGCGAAAGCUUUAUGAUCAGUUGAGCCCACUUGGACCGAUUCUUUUGGCUCUUACGGCGGCCACUCCAAUCUACAAGGGAUUCCUUGUCGAUACAGAUGUACGGUGGAACCAGAUUAGCGGGGCAGUUGAUGACAGAACCCCUGAAGAGCUCGGAGAGGCACCCCUUAAAAAUGACCGGUGGAGAAUUCCCAAGUCUCGAUAUGCUUCCAACUCGACUUAUAUCUCCGAAGACCCUCGGUUGCGGAAGGAAUACUUUGACCCAGAUUUGGUUAUUGACCACGAUAUUAAAAAGCGUCUGAUGGACGGAGGCAUGGAUGACUUGCUUGCCACACAUUUUGCCCAUCUUUUUAUUCGUGAUCCACUAGUGAUCUUCUCUGAAGAUCUUGAGGAACUCGACUUGAGCAAGGGUGACCAUUUCGAGAACCUCCAGUCUACCAACUGGCAACACAUGCGUUUCAAGCCCCCACCAUCUGAGAAGGACGACAUCGGCUGGCGAGUUGAGUUCCGCUCCAUGGAAAUUCAGAUGACCGACUUCGAGAAUGCGGCGUUCAGCAUUUUCAUCGUUCUCGUCACCCGUGCUAUCCUCAGCUUUGACCUUAACUUCUACAUACCCAUUCAGCGCACCACCGAGAAUAUGGAGACUGCCCAUGCUCGCAAUGCUGUUCUCGAUCGCAAGUUCUACUUCCGCAAGGAUCCUUUCUCAGCACGUGCCCCCAAGGUUCCUCAACGGUCUUCUGACGGCAGCACAUUUUCUUCUACCACCUCAUCAGCUGUCAACACGCCACCUCCGUCCCCUCCUCUUGGUCCGGUCGAGGUCGAAUAUGAGUUAAUGACCAUUGACGACAUCAUUAAUGGAUGUACGGAUGGCUCAUUCCCUGGUCUCAUCCCGCUUGUGGAGUCCUACUUGAACAGCGUCAAUGUGGACGUCGAGACUCGCUGCUUCCUCGCAAGCUACCUCGAUCUCAUUCGCAAACGCGCCGACGGCACUCUGUGGACCGGAGCUCGCUGGAUCCGCGAGUUUGUAGCCAAGCACCCAAGCUACAAGCAGGACAGUGUUGUGUCCGAGGAAAUCACCUACGACCUUAUCAAGGCGGUGGAGGAGGUAACCACCAAGGAGGGCCGGAACGGAUCUGUUGGCUGGGAGCUCCUUCGUGGCAAAAAGAAUUAG